AUGGGAGGAGGAGAUUUGAACAUGAAAAAAUCCUGGCAUCCCCUCUUGAUCAAGAAUCAAGAGCGGGUAUGGAAGGAAGAACAAAAAGCAAUGGAAGAGCAAAAAAAGCUUAACCAACUCCGGAAAGAAAAGGAAGAGGAAAGACAGUUACAAGAAUUGAGACAGAUCCAAGCGACUGUCGGUGGAAGAAGAGAACAGGAAAGAUUAGAUUGGAUGUACGCUGCCGGACCUAAUCAAUCUAGCUCAGCCAAAGCUGAGGAAAUGGAAGAUUAUUUGCUUGGAAAGAAACGUGUUGAUUCUCUUAUAGAACAAGGCACUUCUAUGAGCAAAUUGUCUGCUGAUUCAAAAGAAAUCUUUAGCAGCAUUAGUAAUCCAAACGCUAAUACUUACCGAGAUACCCAGGCAAAAAUUCGAGAAGAUCCAUUAUUUCUUAUAAAGAAAACUGAACAGGCCAAUAUAAAGUCUAUCGUUUCAAAUCCGCUUAAGAUGAGAGAAAUUCAAGAGGAUUCACAUAAAGAAAGGAGUAAAAAACACCAUAAAAAGAGGCCCCUUGAAGAUUCUGAUGCAGAUUCGGUAAGAUCAGAAGAACAAGAUAGAAAUCAUCGUUCUCAAAAGCGUUCUCGUUUAUCACGAUCACGAUCACGAUCUUGUUCAAGAGAUAAAUAUAACGAUAAGCACAGACAUGAGUCUAGAUACUCGAAUAGUACAAACAGAGGUAGGGAUUCACGUGAAAAGCGUUUUGAGUCUCGAUAUUCAAGUAAUAAUAGAGAUCGUGACACAUAUGAAAAUCGAAACGAAUCUCAGUACUCGAAUAGAACUACUGGAGAUCGUGAUAGUGAUUUACAUGAAGAAAGACAUAAUCGUCACGAACGAAGGUAUGAUAACGGAAGGAGACAUAGUCCUCAUCGAUAUCGUCGAAAUGAUCGUAGUGACAAUAAUAGUCCUUAUGAUUCCAAAGAUUAUAAAGAAGGUAAAAAGCAUUAUGGACAAAGUGAAGCGGACAAAAUUAAGGCCAAGGAAGAAGCUGAGAAAAGAAUUUUUGAAAUGAUGAAUGAUGCAAAGAAAAUUUCUGAAGAGCGAAAGAAACGCGUAGAACAGUCUACAAAGGAAGAAUAUGAGGAAGAGAAGAAAUUGGACGAGGACAGAAAACGACGCGGAAUGCAAUCCGACUUUUUAAAAAACGCUUAUAAAUCGGCAUAUUCUUCGCAAUCAUCAAUUGGUUUGGGAGAACGUUUACAAAGACAUCGUGGUACUUCACAAAAAAUAUCAAGUGAAGAUUAA